UUAAUUAAUAGAUAAAUUAGUUAAUAAAUAAAUGAAGCAACGUUAGAUGCGAUCUUGUGCAGUUUUCCAAAAGUGUCGUGUAUCGUCGAAUAUGGAGGUUGAAUUGCAAAUGCGAGUUUGAUGAAAGGAAAAAAGAAAGGAGCAAAAGAAAGGAAAAGAUCGAAGAAGAUAUUAUUGUACAUAUCUGAAAUGGUACCGAUUGGAUAAAAACAUCUUACACAGAUAUUCGAAAAAUGUUGGAGCUCGUGGAACGCAAAGCCAGCGGAAUCUCAUGGCCUACGUGUCGCACUGAAAAUCUCGAUAAUUUGAAAAAGAAUCCCAAAGGAAGCGUGCUCCGGAGACGCACGGAGAAAGAUUACGCACGUGAGAAACGAUGGAGAAGAGACAGCAAGGGCUUGCUUUGCUCUCUGAGCCAACUUGGCUGCAGCGAUUCUUACAGUCCAGAUACGCUGGGAACAUGGAAAUUUCAUAAAGUGUCUCGUACAAGUCAUGAGGGGAUGAGCACUGGAGCGGGAGAUGGAGGUGGAGGCGGUGUCGGAGGUGUUCAGAGCAGCGGCGGUGGUAGAAACACACCGCCGCACGGCUCGCCCACCCCCAUGGACAAAGCAACCUUAAAAGUUCAUCUUCCAAAUGGUGGCUUCAACGUUGUCAAGUUUGGUGACGCGAUUGACGUUAAAGGUAUUAUCUUUCUGGUAACUAGUCGAUUGGCCGUUGGUACCAGACAUUACGGAAAUUUGUACGGGAUGAGACUACAUCAUCCCGGAUCCGGAGAGAGUUAUUGGUUGCACCAGGAUACAACGAUGUAUCAGGUGCAAGAAAAGUACGAGCGAAAGUAUCCGCACUGCGAAUGGAGGUACGAGCUUAGAGUGCGUUACCUUCCUCAGAACCUAAAUGAUCUCUGAAAGGACAAAGUCACAUUUUACUACUAUUACGAUCAGGUGCGAAACGAUUACUUGCUUGCGAAUCAUGCCGCUCUCGAUCAGGAUGUCGCGGUUCAAUUGUGCUGCCUGGAGAUUCGCUAUUUCUUCAAGGACAUGCCGCAAAUUGCCUUGGACAAAAAGAGCAAUCUGGAGUACCUGGAGCGUGAGGUCGGCCUGCACAAGUUUUUGCCACGCUCCGUGCUGAACGGAAUGAAGCCGAAGGCGCUCCGAAAAUUAAUACAGCAGCAUUUUAAGAAAGUUGCAGCGUUAUCCGAGCUCGAAUGUAUGUUCAAAUUCUUCGAUUUGUUGCGGGCGCAUUAUCGCUUCGAUCAGGAAAGAUUUAUAUGCGCCUUAGGGUCGAGCUGGUCAAUACCCGUAGAACUAGUCAUCGGGCCAGACUUGGGUAUAUCUUACAUGGCUCAUCGAGGGGGGACAGUGCCGACUAGGAUGGCAGAGUUCUCGCAAAUACAAUCUAUUCAGACAUUGGUGUCGGAUUGCAAAGAACAUGCAAAGGCGUGCAUUAAAUUAAGGGUCGCAGGUGCCGCGGAGACUCUUAGCAUUACUUGUUCCAGUCUGGAUCAAGCAGAGAGCCUUGCGGAUUUAAUCGAUGGAUAUUGUCGGCUAGUCAAAGGCAGCAACACCUCACUGUGGAAUAGAAAAGAUGCACAACCGCCAAAAUACAGGCAAGAUGGUGCCAGUAGUCCAGCAGAGAAAAACGCGGGUAAAACUGGAACUAUCUUGUCCGAAGAUUAUGCAGAGAUUGUCGACGAGGAAGGAGACUACUCGACACCAGCCACCCGAGACUACGAAAUUGUUCGAAAUCAAGUGGAAUUAGGUGAAAUUAUAGGGGAAGGUCAAUUUGGUAACGUCCAUAAGGGCUCGUAUAAAGGAAGAGACGGUCAGACAAUCGCCGUUGCCGUCAAGACCUGCAAAGUUGAUGCGGAUCUCGCCACUGCCGAAAAGUUCCUCGAAGAAGCUUAUAUUAUGCAACAGUUUGAACAUCCGCACAUUAUUAGACUGAUCGGAGUCUGUUCAGAGGCGCCAAUUUGGCUUGUGAUGGAGUUAGCCAGACUCGGUGAGAUGCGUGCUUAUCUGCAGUCUAAUAAACAUCGUCUAGACCUUGCCACACUUCUAUUGUAUACCUUCCAAUUGAGUACUGCCCUGUCGUAUCUGGAAAGCAAAAAAUUCGUCCACAGAGAUAUCGCUGCGAGAAACGUGCUAGUUUCGUCGCACAAUUGCGUCAAACUAGCGGACUUUGGCCUUAGUAGAUGGGUGGAAGAUCAGAGUUAUUACACCGCGAGCAAGUGUAAGCUGCCAAUCAAGUGGAUGGCACCGGAAAGCAUAAACUUUCGACGAUUUACGACUUCGUCCGACGUUUGGAUGUUUGGUGUAUGUAUGUGGGAGAUUUUAAUGUUGGGCGUAAAGCCGUUCCAAGGCGUAAAGAAUAACGAAGUAAUACGCAAGCUGGAAAAUGGAGAGAGACUCGCGCUUCCUAAUCACUGCCCGCCACGAUUGUAUUCUCUGAUGUCUCAAUGUUGGAGCUACGAACCUAGCAAGAGACCAACGUUUAAGGAGAUUAGAGAAACUUUACAUGAAAUCUUGUUAGAGGAGAAACAUCAGCAACAAGAGACGAUGAGACGGGAGAACAGAAGAGUACAAGCCAUGUCUUGGGGUGCAGACGAUGUGCCACCACCGAAACCUUCCCGGCAACCGCAAAACACAACGGAUCAGUCGCAAUUGUCCGCAUCCGCAGCGCCGGUAUCCACAUACAUCGUGGCGCAGAGUCCCGAGGUUCUUGCGCAACUUCUCAAGGACAACCAAGCCAGAGGGGUAUGUCCCUCCGUAUACACGACACCCGCGUCCCCUUUCAACACCCUGGCGGUGCAGUUUCAGGAUGAAGAUCAAAUCCUGACUACUGCUGUCGUGUCCGACCUGCCCUUUUUCGAUCCCGCGCUCUCCGAGCCGCCGUCUAUCACCACGCACGAUAUGACCCAAUCGGGUGGCGAUUCCAUUCUGUCCGAUAUCAACUUAGAUUCCCUCGACUCCUCGGACAAUACUCCUCUCAUGUCGAGCCUAAGUAUUUCAGACACGGCAGCACAGACGCAGUCGCAGUCGCCCGUCGUCAACCGAAAGCAGCAGAAGGUUAAAGAGAUGCAAAACUUGUAUGCGGUUAGUUCGAAGGUGGUCGGUAGCAUUACGGGGGAUCUGUACUCCCCCGUGCAGAAAUUCACCGCGUCCAGCGUCGUGCCGCCGCAGCCAACUUCUGCGGCCGCGCCCGCCGCGGUCGCGGGCAACACUUGCGGCGAGAUAUAUGGACCGGUCACUAGUUUCACCCAGAGCUCCGCUAUUGUUGGUAAUCUCAGUCAGAGCGCUAGCGUAGGUGGUAAUUACGGUGAGAAUCCCGGUAAUUUUGGUCCCAGUAGUUUGGGCAACAAUGUUAUAAUACCGAAUAAUAGUAGUCAGGUGCAGUUUGUCGCGAGUGGCUCGCAUGCUCAAAGCCAGCCGAUUAAUUACGGUAACUUUAUGGCUAGUAACAGUACGAGCCAGAUAGGUGGUUUUGGUGGCGGUCAGUCCACAAAUCAGAAUGCGAGCGGUGCGCAGAGUGCUGGCAAUAGUAGUAAUAGUGGCGGUGGUGGUGGUGGUGGUGGUAAUAGCAGCACUGUUGCUUAUCCUCGUAACAUUAGCUCGACGAUUGUGGUUAAUUCCACGUCGAACGUAGAGUGUUUGUACGGACCGGUUCUCAAGUUUCGCGCGCAGAAUGCCCAGCCUGCCGCGGUCGAGUUGAAGCCUGUCGGCGCGACAGUUGGAAAUUACGGCCAAACCGGAAGAAACAAUCUGGUGAUGCAAAAUCCACAGUCGCAGUCGAAUUUGUAUUCGCACAAUUAUCCACAUCAACAAAUCUACUCGAAUAUCGUUCAAUCGGGGCAGCAAGCCAUGUAUCUGCCGCAAAUGCAACACGUGCAAAAUAUUGCUCGACAAAACGCCGUUCCACAGGCCGUAUCGUAUACAGCGAUACAACACACCAGUCAACAGUCCCAAUUGAGCAGUUCCAAUCCCAUUUACACGACUCAUGCUACAUCCGUGUCGGUGGUUCAAGCGCACAUUCCAAUUUACGCUCAGCAAGCGCAGCCCGGAAUCGGCAACCAGUCAGUAACUUGUCAAGUAACAGGCGUGAAUCAGUCAGCCAAUGUUGGGAUAAUGCAAGCCUCCUCCGUUCCGUCACACUUUGUCACGCUGUCUUCCGCGACUCAGCAAAAUAUUCAUUCGAUUCCAUCCGGUGGCUACAUGGUGGAUCAACAGCAACCGAGUUCCCUCGGCGCGAUAGAUCUCGCUCAAGUGCAUGCUAAUGUUGGCAGUGUAAUGACGAGCACCGUUAGUGCGCAUCAACAGCAAAUAUCGCAGUCUCAAAUGGCCAGCGGCGUCGCGAAAGCGACAAACAUGCCGCAAAUGGCGACAGGCGUCGCCAAGAUCACCACGUUCGUGACGUCGCAAAAGCAAGAUGAACAGUUGACGAACUCUACAGACGGCACUCUCUCCGGCUCGCUGAUCUCUUCCGCUGUCAGCGACAGCACCAUGUCGUCUAGCAGCUCGAUGACAGAGGAGGCACAACAAGAUCAGAGGAGUGUGCAUUCGCAAUUGUUUGACAAUUCGACUGACAAUUUUAACAACGGCGUUGACGACGAACAAAAGCUACUGGAACAACGUUUGUUGGAGCAACAACGACAGUCUGAAGAAGACAGCCGCUGGCUCGCGAGAGAAGAAAAACGUUUAUCGAUCGCUACGAGUGGUGAUGAAAGUGCUAGUCCCCCGGUUCCACGAUCAGUUACUCAGUCACCAAGCCAUGAGCCACAUUCUGCCAACACCGGCUCUCUUGGCUCGGACAAAAGUUCCGAUAAAGUGAUUGUAGUCAAAAAAAUGGAACCCACACCCACUGCAGAUUUAGACAGAACUAAUGAUAAAGUAUACGACUGUACGACAAGUGUCGUUCGUGCAGUUAUGUCGCUGUCACAAGGUGUUCAACAGAGCAAGGCUGAUCAGUAUCUAGAACUAGUGCGUAGAGUAGGUGUCGAAUUAAGAGCACUACUGUCGUCUGUGGACGCUCUCGUAGAAAUAUUACCAAUAUCCGCGCAUCGCGAGGUGGAAAUGGCGCAUAAAGUAUUAAGUAAAGAUAUGGCUGAACUAGUGACUGCUAUGAAACUGGCGCAAAAUUACAGUGCCACUACGUUAGACGGCGAAUAUCGCAAGGGAAUGCUUUCUGCAGCUCACAUCUUGGCAAUGGACGCAAAGAAUCUCUUAGACGUCAUCGAUUCUAUCCGCAUUCGUUAUCCGUACGUAGAUACUCAGAUUUGCCAAAGGCAGACUGAUAUUAUCAACAGAACGCGGGAAUGCACACCGGAAAAUCGCAUUCGCUCGAGUCAAUCCGGUGAGCAGCUUCUAAGGAGAAGUCAAUCGAGUGAACGUCAGGGAACGACUUUCAGACAAAGCCAAAGUGGCGACCUAUUGCAUAGAAUGGGUCAAUCUGUGGAUCGAUCUUUACCAGGAAGCCAAUCCGAUCUCAAUUCCGGCAGCAGCUUAGAAAGAAGAAAUAAUAUAGUAACCAAUAGUCUUGAACGUAAUUCAACAGCGAGAAGACAUAUCGCCACCAACAGUUUGGAAAGAAAGAGACCUUCGUUGACAUGCAACACGGGGUCUAUGAAUAAUUCCGUCAAUUUGCCGCCAAUGAUGCCAGUCACUUGUAAUUUGGUUCAGACUGUUAUGCAUCCGAGUCAAUCGGUUACAACCGGCAUCAAUCAACAGACGGUGUUUGCGGCCAACAGUAAAGCCACAAACGAAACUCCGACAAAUGACAGUUAACAAGGAGGUGCCUUGAAGGUAAGGUAAGGUAAAUAAUAAUCGCGCGAAAUGUGUGUCUCCUUGUAAAAACAAUAUUCAAACGAUUGUCAUUUAUCAUUGAAUAUAAACUCUGAUACUAUUAAGUACAUACUGAUUCUAGGACUACUUGGAAUCAUUGCUUAGUAUGUACAUAAAUACACAAGUAGAGACGACAUUAUCCUACCAAAUGUGUUACCCGUCUGUACACAUUUACAACGGGAGAUCUGAUAUUUGUGCUUUUUCAGCUCUUUUUAACAUUUAAACAUGCAGGCACUUUAUCCAAGCGUACUUAUGGGUAGGACAGUAUUCGUUAGUUGUAGUAGUAGUAAAUAGUAGGAAGUUUAUCGCUAAAGAAUUUAAGUCACAGCUGUAAUGAUAUCACAACUCCAAAGCAUUAGGAUUAUCGUUACUCUAUAUUUGUUAUAUGAUGACUGUGUGUACGAGGUGACGCAAAGUUACGUUUUGCCGUAAAGAGGCAGGCAACGAUUUAUUUAUAAUUAACAUUGACAUUAUUACGUUAUUACGCGAAAGGUCAAUUUAUUCACACAUUUGCUCCGCGAAUUCAAUUAAAUUAUUAUGUUUGCAAAUUUUUGUUUAUUUUACUUGUGUCAUCUCGUGAUCAGUUGACAAUAUAUACGUACAUACAAACGUAUUUUAGAUGACGAGAAAGGAAAGGGAGUAUGUAUGUAUAUAUUUAUAAAUAUAUAUUUAAACGAACAGCAUUUUCUCUCUUCGAACAAUAUUGCGCGGGAAUAUAAUUUCUUGUAGGACAUAAUCUUACAAUGUUGUUUUUACUGCAAGUUCGUAAUUUCAUAGUCUAUUUCUUAUCUAUAGGAGUACUAUGAAGAGUGAUUAUAAUGUAAAAAGAGGGACUGAAUGUUAUUUCUUAGAUAAUUAUUUAAUGAUUCAUACCAGUUUGCAACAUUUAUAUAUGAAAUGUUUUAUAAAAGAUAAAAAUCAUCAACGGCGAGUCAGUUCCUACGAGAUAUUUUUAGCAAGUUUUCAUCUUUACAUAAGAAUACCAUAGCUCAUCAAUACAGUUUACAGUUUGCAAUAUUGCAUUUACAAAAAAUUCGCAGUUGAAUAGUCAAAUUAUACUAUAGAUAAAAAUAAUACUCCACUUUUCGCACAAAUCCUUUUUAUGUUGCUGGAGAAUUCAACCUCAUUUUUGCCAGGAAUGUCUUUUUAGGAUUCCGGAAUAUCAUAAUCAUUGUAUGUGUGUGAAAGAAAUAGGAGGGGGGAGGGGGCAUAUAUAUAUCUUAUACGCUCAGUUAUAAUUGGCGUGAAUGUGAAAUCUUUAUAGUUUGCGAGUUGUAAAUUUUACAUCUUAAAUGGUAUGUGGCUUUAAAGAUUCAUGUGCCAAGACGUGCUUGUACGCCCGAAAGAAAAGGAUAUAACAUUUGUGUGUUGUACAUUUCCUAACAUAGGAAUUGCUAUCCCAGCAACUCAUAAUGAAUAUUUAUAAUUAUUUACAGCUUACUUUUCCAGACAUAAGAAAACGCGAAUAUCCAACUCACAUUUGUUUAAUUUGUGCUAAAACACAUAUGUUACAUAAUUAAUAUUUAUAUUUGAAAAAACACAUUGU